AUGAUCGAUAGAGCUCUAAUUAAAAAUGCAGGAAAUAAUCAGCAGAAAAAGUUAGAAGUGCAAAAGUAAAUGAAAGUAGACAAUAAUACAAUAAGAAUGGUUAAAUAAGAUAAAACAAUAGAAUUCAACUCAAUAAAAGAAGUACAGAAUUUAGGAGAGUCUGAUAAGAACUUGAAAUUAAUAGUAUUCGAAAAAAAAGUAUUCAAUAUUAAUAGUUAUAUUGAGAUCCACCCUGGAGGCUCAUAAAUUUUAGAAUAAUACUUGAAUUGUGAAAUUGACGAGCCAUUUAAUGAAACUGGACAUACUGUGUAAGCAAAAUAAUUAUUCAACGAAAUACCAUUAAUAGGAUUCUUGAAAAAUGAACCUCAAAAUUCUAUCUAAUAACAUGACUCUAAAAUACCAGCAAAUGAAGCAAAAGACUUCAGGUUAAAUCGUGAGAUCGAGGGAUUAAAUGGUUAUGUAAUAACAAGAAAAUAGUGGAAUCCAGAUUACGAAAAAGGUCUCAUCUGGUAAUUAUGGAAAGCUGAACUUUCUAUAGAUUAAUAUUUAGCUUUUAUUGAGGAACCCAAAGCUCUGCUAAACCGAAAAGGUCAUAUUAAGAUGUAUGACAAUAAACUACUAUAAUUAGGAGUUCAAGUUCACUGGUCACAUGCAAUUUUUGGUUGGGUUUCUUUAAUUUUAUACAAUGUGUGGUAAGCUUAACUCUCAAUCACAGAUCAAGUUCUAUCUCUUAUUUUUGGGUUUAUGAUUUGGACUAUUACUGAGUAUUGCCUUCACAGAUUUGUAUUCCAUUUUGAAAAAAUAUGGGCUCCUCCAACUAGAGUAUUCUAGAUAUUUAACUUCAUUACUCAUGGAAUGCACCAUGCAUUUCCAAAUGAAACCUAUGGAGUAAUAACUCCAGUGCUACCAGCUAUGCUUUUCGCAAUUUCCAUCAUAGAUCCUUAGGCAAGAAGAAUAAUACCAGAGGAAUAUGCUGGUAUAGUUUUAGCUGGAUUUUAUUUAGGGUUCUUAACUUAUGAUUUAGUUCAUCACUUUUUACAUCAUUCCUCACCACAAAAUAAUUACUUUAGAAAUCUCAAGAUCUAUCAUAUGCAGCAUCACUACAAGAAUGGAAAUGCUGGAUAUGGAGUAAUCUGCAAAUUUUGGGAUAAAGUAUUUUAGACUGAACUUAAAAAGUGA